AUGACCCAUUGGUCUUCCAACCCACAUCAACCCAAGACGACGACCAUCUCACGAAGACUUAGGGACCGUGCCAACCAGCAUCUGUCUGUUCAGCCACCAGAAAUUCCACAAAUAAGGGGGCCUUAUUCGUGCCGUGCCGCAACCUUGCCAACGCCCCGCCACAAUCCCAUUGAUUAUCAGACGCCCGGUUCGCACCUACCUUCGCUAGCCUGGAAUACCUCACACAUUCUCGACGACACCUCACACAAUCGCUUCUCUCAGCCAAAUUCCCCUGCCCAGGAUCGAUUCUUGGACUCCACGAGCGCGCAAACUACACACUUCUCUCUCGACGAAUCUCAUCCAGGCUCAGACUCGACAGUCGUGCCCACGACUAGUAACCAGAUAGUCCGCACGGAUCAUAUCCUCCUAACACAAAGUCAACAAACCCCCACGUCGCCGUCAGUGUCUACAUCUACCGGGCACUCGCUCCAACUUCAAUCACUGGCAGACUUUGAGCAGCCGCACGACCCAAUCCUCGAGUCACAAGAUAUGAGCACCUUGGGCUUCAUGAUGCCUUCUUCGCAAUAUGGUAUGGGCCAUUACGGUUCUUCCCAAACAUCCUACGCGCCUGGCUACCCACCCUCCCAACCCUAUGGAGAGCCAAGGGCUUCGGCACCAGGCCCAUAUGGCCCACCUUACUCUUCCAGUCCAGCCCCAAAUGAAAGUCAACAAAGAAGAAGCGAACAGCACGCAGUCCAACCGCCCUACCCACCUCAGCACCCUUCACUUCCGCGAAGCCCAUAUGAGCAACACUCAUCAGAUCAUAUGCGAGCCAACACAGCCUCUAUGGGUACCAACACGCACGCCUACACUUACUCCACCUCCCAUAGUACCAUUCCCAAUCAGCCGCUGGGGGGCAAUGCCUACCCGCCCUCCUAUGCCGUCAGUGACUAUCAUCCAUUACCGACUAUGUAUCCACCAAACAACACAGCACCUGCUACAUACGCAACCUAUGACUCGCCAUCGAGCGCUCCAGUUUCUAAUGCGUCAGUCCCUGCACUCUCUUCGUCGCCAAGCACGCAAGGCAACCCAGUAAUGCCGCGAGUCAUCAACUCACGGCCGAAACCUCAAUGCUGGGAGCAUGGAUGCAAUGGACGACAGUUUUCUACAUUCAGUAAUCUGCUGCGGCACCAGCGAGAAAAGUCCGGAACUGCCUCCAAAAGCACCUGCCCCCGAUGCGGGGCUGAGUUUACCCGCACUACUGCAAGAAACGGACACAUGGCGCAUGACAAAUGCAAGCCACGCAGGCCAUCAGAAACAAAGGGAUAG